AUGUUCGAACCGACCAGGAUUAUUGUGAGUUUUUUUGGGAAAAAAUGGUUUCCGCGGGCACUGGGAAUCGAUCCCCCGACGUUUUGCUCAAUAGAAAUUUGUAAAAUCAUGGAAAAUUGGAUAUAAAAAAUAUUCAAAUUUUUUAGUUGCGCGCGCACAAAUUCGAUUUUCUUUUCCGCUUUUGACAAAUUUUCUCACGGUAUUUUAAAAGAAUUUUUGAUGAAGUUCUUCUUUUUCUUUACUUUUUGUUUGGAAGAAGAGGAUUUUUCGUAUUUAAAAUUUGGGAAAAAUAUUGGGUGAAAGGUCGGGGGAUCGAUUCCCAGUGCCUGCGGGGUUUUUUUUAUGAGUCAGAAGGUCAGGGGAUCGAUUCCUAGUGCCUGAAAAUGUUUUUUUUCAACAUUUUUCUGAUCAGAAGGUCCAGGGUUCGAGCCCCGCCGCCUGCAAAUAAUUUCAAUUUUUCCCCUGCCCCGUGGGAAAAUUGAUUAGAAUAGAGAAGAAUAUUAGAAUAUUUAUUAUUAAUUACAAAAAUUAUUUGCAUUUCUGAUUUUCCCCUUUUUAUUAUUAUUUGAUGAAAGCACAGAAGCUUUGUUAAGAGCACCCCAAAAGUGCACUUAAAAAUACGAAAAUUGAGAAAAUAUGUGUGCGCGUUGAGCUUUGAAAUCUGAAAAAAAUGUUUGGCGGGCAGUGCGGCUCGAACCCUACACCUUUUGAUUAGAAAAAUUCGGAAAAAAGCUUCGCAGGCACUAGGAAUCGAUCCCCCGACCUUAUGACUAGAAAAAUUCAAAAUUCCAAUUUUUCAUUAAAACACUUGAGUGGUCCCAUUUCUCUAUCUCUCUCACUUCCCCAUACUCUCUAACUUCUCUCUGAUUUCUCUCGCCGUCUCUUCUCUCUCACACAUUUUCCAUAUUUGCUCAUAUACUAAAAACACCACACAGAAAUACAAAUACAAAUACAAAUAUUCCAUCGAAGCUUCUCUUUUUUUUUUUGCGAAGACUGUCUCGUUUCUCUGCCGCACUCAGGGGUGGGGAAAAUGUCAUGGCCUCAUGUUGUCCUGUCCUUGAAUAUGGCCUAAACUUGUCCUGGCUCGAACAUGGCUUGAACAUGUCCUAAAGCCAUAUGCCCAACCUGUCCUCGCGUGAACAAAAAUUAACAGAGCAAUUUUUUUUUCUGCAUAAAAAAAAAUAAAAAUGCGAUCUCUUCUUUUUUCGGCGUGUUUUUUCUUGACUAAAAAAAGAACCUGUCCAGGACAGGACAGGUAGCCAGGUUUACACGUGGACCUGUCAUGGCUUAUGUUCUUACCACCAAAGCCAACAUGAGGACAACGUGAGGCCAGUUUCCCCACCCCUGGCCGCACUCUCUUCUCCGUUUUGAUCUCUCGUCGCCUGAGAACUGAACAAAUAAAGAGACCGAUUCCCCCCUUUUUACCAUUAGCUCAAGACGAACUCUUUUUUUUUCCCGAUAUUUUUUUCGGUUUUCGCCAAGAAAUCUGAAAUUUUCAGAAAAUUUUGAUCCCGGGGCUCAUUUUUAACGUAAAAUCUGAUAAUUUUAAGGUUUUUAUACCCCAGGGUCAUUUUUUCUAUAGAAUUUUGUGUUUUUCUGGGUUUUAAAGAUACAGGACUUGAUUUUUGAUGAAAAAUAUGAAAUUUUCAGAAAAUUUUGACCCUGGAGCUCAUUUUUAACGUAAAAUCUGAUAAUUUUAAGGUUUUUAUACCUUAGGGUCAUUUUUCCUAUAGAAUUUUGUGUUUUUCUAGGUCCUGACACGAUUUUCUAGGUUUUAAAGGUGCAGGAUUUGAUUUUUGAUGAAAAAUCUGAAAUUUUCAGAAAAUUUUGAUCCCGGGGCUCAUUUUUAACGCAAAAUCUGAUAAUUUUAGGGUUUUUAUACCCUAGGGUAAGUUUCCUUCAGAAUUUUGUGUUUUUCUGGGUCCUGACACGAUUUUCUGGGUUUUAAAGGCGCAGGAUAUGAUUUUCGAGAGAAAAUCCAAAAUUUUCAUCCCGAGGCUCAUUUUUCAUUGAAAAUCUGAUUAUUUCAAGGUUUUAUACCCUAGGAAAAUUUUUCCUUCAGAAUUUUGUGUUUUCUUGGGUCCUGACACGAUUUUCUGGGUUUCAAAGGUGCAGGAUUUGAUUUUUGAUGAAAGAUUUGAAAUUUUCAGAAAAUUUUGACCCCGGGGCUCAUUUUUAACGUAAAAAUCACGAUUUUUCGAGUUUCUGGUAGUACUGUAGAUUAAAAGUCGUGUUGAGACCUGAUUGAAUUUUCCAAGUUUUUCUGCUUUUUUUCGAAGUACAAUAGCACAAAAAUCAUCCAAUUUUCACUAAAAAAUUUGAAAAUCCCCCGAUUUUUUCUCAAAAAUGUUAGCCCAUUAAUUUUCUUGCCGCUCCAUAAUUUUUCCAGACACAAAAAAAUCAAUUAAAUUUUUUUUUGUAGUCUUCUUCUCCUUUUUUGCCCUAUACAAUUUCCGACUCGAAAAUUUAUUACUUUUCACUUUUUUUCUUGAUUCGCUCGAGGAAAUGGAGGAUUUUGGAUGGGAUUCUUGGGAGGAUUCAAUUUUCUAAAAAAAACGUGUCAAUCAAACCUCUACUGGCGCAUUUCUAGUGUCAAGACCCCGAAAUUUUGGUGCCACCAAAAAUCCCAAAUUUUUUUUUCGUAAAACCUUGGUGCCCCCCAAAAUUUGUGUGUGUGUGUGUUGAUAAUUUAAUUAUCUCCCAGCUCCGCACUGCUCAAAUUUUCCAAACAUGUUUUUUUUUUCUUCGCGGCCUCUUCUUCUUCUUAUUUAUUUGUAUUUCUUUCGUUUUCGCCGAUCGUGCUCCGCGAGCACAGAUUUUUGAGCAGCAUCGAAAACACGAGUUUUUUUUGCUGUACACAAUAAUAUGUGGGUGGUCUUCUCGAAAAAUGCUCUUUUUUGACACCAAAAAUGCGCCAGCUAGGAAUUUGCUGACGCAUUUUUUGUACAAAAAUUAGAUCAAAUCAAUAAGAAACCCGAUCCCUAGUGGAUUUUUCCGACUUUUUCCCCCCAAAAACUUUUUUGUUGCUCAUUUUCUCCUAAUUUCUGGCCGAUUUUUGUCUUUUUGCCAUGCUUUUAUCCAAUUAGUCACUAAUUUUGGGCGGGGAAAAAGUUUUUGGGAAUUUUUCAUUCUAGGUUUUUUGUGUAGUUCUCUCGGAGGAGGAUGUUUUUUGUAACCUGAUAUUCCUUUUUUUUGAUAAAAAAUCCAACCUGUUUUGCACCAUCUGUUGAAAUACUGUGCAAAUAUAUGAUCCCAAACACCAUUUUUAAUAAAAUUACCAAAAAAAUGCGUCAGUAUACGAUUUGCUGGCGUCUUUUUUGUAGGUUUUUUUCCUCCAGAAAAAAAAUUAUUUGAAGAUGAAUUUAUAUUUUUUUUUGGAGAGGCUCUUUCCCCCAGAAAAAAGUAUUAAAUUUCACAUUUUCCUUCCUUUCCUCUCAUUUUAUUAAAGUGGGCUUUCCGCUGAAAUUUGAUAGGGGUUUUGGGAUAAAUUCUAGAAAAUUUGGAGCAUUUUGAGACCGAACUUGCUCAUGUUUCGGCUCGAAAUGCUCCAAAUUUCACGUGGAUUCUGAAACUUUUAAAAAUUCUAGAAAAUUUGGAGCAUUUUGAUACCAAACUUGCUCAUGUUUCGGCUCGAAUGCUCCAAAUUCCACGUGGAUUCUGAAACUUUCAAAAAUUCUACAAAAUUUGGAGCAUUUUGAUACCGAACUUGCUCAUGUUUCGGCUCGAAAUGCUCCAAAUUCCACGUGGAUUCUGAAAUUUUCAAAAAUUCUAGAAAAUUUGAAGCAUUUUGAGACCGAACUUGCUCAUGUUUCGGCUCAAAAUGCUCCAAAUUCCACGUGGAUUCUGAAUCUUUCAAAAAUUCUAGAAAAUUUGGAGCAUUUUGAUACCAAACUUGCUUAUGUUUAGGCUCAAAAUGCUCCAAAUUCCACGUGGAUUUCAGAAAUCUCAUUUCCAGCUCGAAAUUUGAAGCAUUUUGAGACCAAACUUGCUCAUGUUUCGGCUCAAAAUGCUCCAAAUUCCACGUGGAUUUCAGAAACUUUCAAAAAUUCUACAAAAUUUGGAGCAUUUUGAGACCGAACUUGCUCAUGUUUCGGCUCAAAAUGCUCCAAAUUCCACGUGGAUUUCAAAAAUUCUACAAAAUUUGGAGCAUUUUGAUACCAAACUUGCUCAUGUUUCGGCUCAAAAUGCUCCAAAUUCCACGUGGAUUUCAAAAAUUCUACAAAAUUUGGAGCAUUUUGAUACCAAACUUGCUCAUGUUUAGGCUCAAAAUGCUCCAAAUUCCACGUGGAUUCUGAAAAUUUCAAAAAUUCUAGAAAAUUUGGAGCAUUUUGAUACCAAACUUGCUCAUGUUUCGGCUCAAAAUGCUCCAAAUUCCACGUGGAUUUCAAAAUGUCAUAAAUCCACGUGGCAUGCUCUGAAAUUAAAAAAAAUUCUGUAUUCUUUCUUUCUUCUGUCUCUCAUUUUCUUGUUCCCGACCGCCGCCAAAAAAAUCGAUAAAACUCUGUGCUAUCAGGUUACAAAAACGCCUAUUUAUUUAUUUUGCUGUGUACUUUUCUCCCCCCGACAUUUUUUACUCAAAAAAAAAAAAAAAAAAAUUUGGUGCGAAAAGCGCCAAAACAAAGGGUUUGACUUAUUAGUUAUUCUUUUUUUUGGGAAAAUUUUUGUGAAAAAAGUGCACAUUUUCUAUGGUUACCAAAAUUUUCUCGAUGUUUUUAUGUACAUUUAUGUACAUAUUGUGGGCCUUUUCUUUGCCUAUGUGUCAUAGUUUUUCUCUUUUUUCUGGGCACAUUGAUAAGAAAUGAAAUCUAUAAGGUAUUAUAUCACAUUUAUUUUCGAUAAGAACCCUUUUUGGCACUUUUUUAAUCGAAAAAAUUGAAAUUUUUGGAUAAUUUUGGCCUGGAAAAUCCACGUGGCAAAAUUGGGAAUAUUUUGAUCUCUGACUGUCUGUUUUCUCUGCGUCUCUAACCUGGGCACACCUUUUUUAAGCUGGAAAAAAUCCACGUGGCUUUGAAUUUUGUUAGGAUUCAGAAUUUUUUAAUUUGAAAAAAAAAACAUUUUUUUCAUAUAGAGCCCCAGUUUUCAGCUUCAAAUUUUUUUUUGGCUCAAAAAUCCACGUGGCAAAAAAUCUCUCUCUCUCUCUCUCUCUCUCUCUCUCUCUCACUUUCCCAUGCUCUCUAGCCACCUGAUUUCUCUGCGUCUCUACCCCUCUCGCUCUCUCACUCUCUGCUCCUAAAAAUGAUACAUAAAGAUAAUAAUAAGUGUCAAAAAAAAGUUAAUGGCUCUUUCUUCUUGACUAUUUUACUGUACUGAUAAGGAAAAUCGAUAUUUUUAUAUGGUUUUUAGGCACAAGAAAACCUUAACGCUCUUAAAAUCCCUCCUGUUGUUUUCUAGAGCACAAUGGACCCGACAGCCAUGUAUCCUGGCUAUCUCCAACAAUACGCCGCCACAUCAUCAACCGCCUCAGCAAGUCGACAGGAAUAUCCGCAAGCCGACCCGAGUUCCUCUAACUCACCGGCUCCCACAGUAUCGCCGGGCUCAGCAAAUCCAGUGUUAACUAUUCGACUAUUGAUGCAAGGCAAAGAAGUUGGAAGUAUCAUUGGGAAGAAAGGAGAUCAGAUCAAAAAGAUCCGGGAGGAAUCUGGAGCGAAAAUCAAUAUAUCAGAUGGAAGUUGUCCGGAACGAAUUGUGACAAUUACCGGAACUCUAAAUGUUAUCGGAAAAGCGUUUACGAUGGUUUGCAACAAAUUCGAGGAUGACAUGAUGAAUGCGAUACCGAAACCGCCGAUUACGAUGCGAUUGAUUGUGCCGGCGACGCAGUGUGGAAGUCUGAUUGGCAAGGGUGGCAGUAAGAUCAAGGAUAUUCGAGAGGUGAGGGUUUUCGAAGGGGUUAGAACUUUUGUUGAGCAAACUUUUUCACUAAAAACGUCGAAAAGGGGUUAAUUAAUUAGGAUUUAAUCAAAAUUUUAAUUAAAAAUUGUGUCAAAAUUCACGAUAAGUGAUUUUUUCAACGAUUUUUUGAGGCGUAGAAGGGGUUUUACGACGAAAGCCCGUAAAACUUUAAAAAAACCGGUGAACGUAAAAAUUCCCAAAAAUUUCAAAAUUUUUGAGCUAUUUCGGUUGAUUUUCAAAAUGUUGUAAGUAUAAAGCAUGAAAAUCAAGCCUGAAGCCUGAAUUUUUGAACUGAAAAUCCACGUGGCGGGCUUUUCUGGUUAUAGGGCCAUUUUAGGCUAUCUAGACUAUACUAUUUUUUUGUGACUUAUAAGCCUAGAAUAUGCCUGAAGCAUGAAAAUUAAGCCUAUAAUUAAUCUAUUAACUGAAAACUCUUCCAGGCAACCGGUGCAUCGAUCCAAGUGGCCUCAGAAAUGCUCCCACACUCAACCGAACGUGCCGUAACACUCAGCGGAACUGCCGACGCCAUCAAACUAUGUAUGGUGCAAGUGUGUCAAAUCCUGCUCGAAGCGCCGCCAAAAGGAUCGACCAUCUCGUUCCGACCGAAACCCACGUUCAAUCCGCUGGUCAUCGCCUCGUCGGCCGCCUCGAUUGCCGCACAACAACAACAAGCGCAAGCGCAACAACAGAUUGCCGCGUUGGUUGGCGGAGGACAGGUGAGAAUUGCGGGCAGACCGGGUAUGGGUUGAGACGAAAAUUUUUGCGAUUUUUUGACACCAAACAUACCUAGGGACGAAAUUCGGAGGGAGGGGGCUUAACUUUUGAAAAUUUUGGGGUUUUUAUGCUUUUUGGGAUAAAAAAUCAGCAAAAAAUGGGUUAGGGGGGGGGUUAACUUUUCGAAAAUUUCCCCUGGAAGGGGGGUUAAAGGCAGUUAGACAAUUAUUCCGGUUUUCCUCAAAGCUUAGUGUCAAAAAUAGUUUUUUAUGAAACGAACCAGUGAAAAAAUUCCGAAAUCAUGAAAGUUUAUACGAGCUGAGAAAAUCUUGUGUUUUCAAAAUUUCAAAUUGCCCCCCACGUCCAGCGGAUUUGUGUGUGUGUAAACACCGCGACGAAUUUUUGCACAGGAUGAUUUGAAGUUUCAUAUUUUCACAAUAUGUCAUCCCUAUCUUUUGUUUGGUUCAAGUUUAACCCGGUUAAAGUCAGAGGCUUCGUGGGUAGUCUCCGUCAACCGGAAUAGCUGUCUGACCGCCUUUAACUCAAGGGUCCCCGCAGCGACUAGUCCAUGUAUGCCUAGGUAUGAUUUCCCAUCCCAAAAAACCCUGAAUUUAAUUCCAGGUUCAACAACAUUUGGCACUUCUCCAACAGCAACAAAUGGCACAAGAGGUAAUUCAAAAUUUUCAAACGAAAUAUUUUUUUUACUGAUCGAUUUUCUCCAUUUAUCCAACCUGGCAUGUCUCACCUGCCCACCUUUGGAACCACCUUUUUUUGCUUUCGCAUCAAGAAAUUUCCUCUGCACGUUUUUUGACACCAAAUCGUAUUCGGUGUCAAAAAACGUUGCAAAAUCCAAAAAUGAAAUCUAUAGAUUUUUCAGUUUCCCCCCCCCUCCCGACCCAAAAAUCCGGUCUCACCCAUCGUUUUUUCUCUCGUUUUCAGCUUGCUGCCCGUGCGGCACUUUACACCCAACACCAGCAACAACUCGGACUAAUUCACACGGGUUCCGCUGGGGCUUCCGCACCGUCUGCCGCUUCUGCCGCCGCAAGCUCAACCGCUCAAGGUUUGUUCUCUCUCUCUCUCUUUCUCUACCCACCCUCUCUAUUAUCUACACUAUCUCUCUCUCUUCUUUUAGCCACGCCCCCUUUUUAUUGAUUGAUUUUCUCCUUGGAAAAUGUUUUUGUUUUUGUGUGUUUUUCAGUGAACAAAAUCUUGAAAAAGCCCCCAAUUUUCAGUCAAAAUCCUUGAAUUCCAGAACUGUAUAUUGGUCAGAACGGUAUGAUUUACACGGCAGCCGCCGCAGCUCCGCAAACCGUUUUGACGGCCGACGGAAAAACGAUCGAUGCAAACACGUGGGCGAUUUAUGAGCAGCAACAACAACAGCAACAACAAUUGUUGAAUCAAUAUGCAUUAGGACAAAGGUACGCGCAUUUUUGCCUUUUUCGUGCGAAAAUCUCAAUUAAAAUGUGGUUUUUCUGCUAAUUUGCAUGAUUUUUUUGGCAUAUUUGGUGAAAUUUUCGCCCCAUCUCUCAAAUGUUCCCUAAUGUUGAUUGAUUUUCUUCCAGUAUGCUAAUGGGCACACCAUUCAUCAAAGGUGUCUCCUCAACUCCACCAUCUUCAGUUGGCGCAACUGCCGCAGCUCAAGGUGCAGCCGCCCAACAUCAUCAUCAUCAUCGCCAAUCACAAUCGCAACAACAAAAAUCGGCGUCCGGAGGAUCGGCGUCCUCAUCGGCCAGAUAUAAUCCAUACUAA